CAAAUAUAUGCCAUCAGUCCUAGGCUAAUAGUGACAGAGCAAGGCGUGUGGCAUACUAAAAUUAAAAUCACAAAGGAAAGAUGAGCAAAAUAAUUGACAGACAAUACUUAAAAAAAAAUGCGAAUAUGAUGAAUCGCGCGUGUGAUGGUUCGAUAAAGUGGCUCCACCUUUAAACGUGUUUUCACUUUCAGUCAUAUCAAAUCCAGCUCGGUUAGUUUAUGAUCUCUUAUUGCAGUGCAGUCCCCGGCUGAUCACUGUGCGGACACAGUGGACUAUGGCAGAAGGCACCUGGAAAUCUCUAUGCCUCUCAGUGUUCGACUACAAAACUGAAAAAUAUGUCAUUGCCCAAAACAAGAAAGUGGGAGUUUUGUUCAGAUGCAUUCAGCUGGCCGUUUUGGGGUACAUUAUCGGGUGGGUUUUCAUUACAAAGAAGGGCUACCAGGAUACUGAAGACUCAAUACAGAGCUCAGUGAUGACUAAAUUGAAAGGAGUGACUUUAACCAACACUUCAGCUAAUGGACCUCGAUUGUGGGAUGCGGUCGACUAUGUUUUUCCUCCGCAGGGUGACAGUGUCUUCUUUGUCAUAACAAACCUGAUUCAAACUCCAGAUCAGAAACUUGGCCAUUGUCCUGAGAGUUCGAAGGUACCAGAUGCCAAGUGUAGAACAGACGAUGACUGCAACCCUCAAGAGGCUGUAGUAGCUGGCAAUGGAAUCAAAACAGGCCACUGCAUACAUGAAACAGGCACCUGUGAGAUAUAUGCAUGGUGUCCUAUUGAAAAACCCAGUCCUCCAAUAAAUCCCAUUUUAGGUAAAGCGGAAAACUUUACUGUGUACAUAAAGAACUCUGUGAGGUUCUCAAAAUUCUCUUUUUCCAGGUCUAAUGUCAAGGACACAGGUGUUUAUUUGAAGAAUUGUACCUAUGAUGAAAUCAAUCACCCCUACUGCCCUGUGUUCCGAUUAGGAGACAUCGUCAGCCGGGCGGGUCAUGACUUUCAGGAAAUGGCGAUUAAGGGUGGGGUGAUAGGCAUCCUUAUCGAGUGGAACUGCGACCUCGACAAAUCUUAUUCCAAAUGCAUUCCCAAGUACUCCUUCACACGGCUAGAUGACAACUCUAACAACACAUCAGGGUAUAACUUCAGAUUUGCCAAGUAUUAUAAAAACAUAUCUGGAGAAGAGUACCGAACACUGACAAAAGUAUUUGGAAUCCGAUUUGAUGUCAUGGUGAAUGGGAAGGCAGGAAAGUUUAACAUCAUCCCAACAGUAAUUAAUAUUGGCUCAGGCUUGGCAUUAUUGGGUGCUGGUGUGUUCUUCUGUGAUCUGGUGUUGCUGUACAUGAUGAAAAAGAGCACAGUCUACAGAGCAAGGAAAUUCGAAUCAGUCAAGAAGGUAAAGAAAAAUGAAACUGGAAAAGGGGAUGGAAAACAGAUCAUAGAAACCCAGAAAUUAACAGACGUCCCAGCAGAGACUUAGAAGAAGAACUCAAAGUGUGCAACGCAGACUGCUAGACCGUAUAUAAAAGAAAGCUGACCAGACCCUGGUGAUGAUCAACAAAGCGGUAGUCUGAAAAUGGAGGGAGCUCAGCAUAUCAGGCUGCAAGAUCUCUGAUUUGUAGCCAGCUGAAAGGUGCUAUGAGGAGAUAACGAUUUGGGUUUGCUGUUAUCUGUUCCAAGCUACUGCGAAACUGGACUGAAGAGUCACCUUCAAAACUAGUAAAAUAAA